CUCUCUCACUCUCUCUCUCACUCUCUCUCAAACACACACAACACACACACACACCCCAUUGUAAUCCGUGUAAAUCUAGGGUUCUCUUUUUAAGUUCACACGACCGUCCACAUCUUCCCAUUUGAUUCCCUAGAUCGCAAUCAAUUUUAGAUUUCCAACUCAGAUCUACGCACAUCACGAUUCAAAUACAACUUUAGGGAAUUGUGGCAGCAUCUCUAGGAAUUGAGCCUUCAAGAGACAAGAUAAGAGCUUAUUUUUGGUGGUGAAUUUUGGCAUGACAUAGUUCUGGUGGGAUAUCAUCAACUGUUGCACAGAUAACGUAAAAUAUGAGGGGAAGAUCAGAUGGAUUGCAGAAGAACCGCUUGCUCACUUUUGUAGGUGUUGUGGCAGUUUUUCUUGUUUUUCUAUAUGUGUAUUUUGGCUCUAAGAACAGCGGAGAGUCGGCUAUAGAGUAUGGCAGCCGUUCUUUGAGGAAACUUGGAUCAUCUUAUUUGGGUGGGGAUGAAGAGACUGAUAUUGGCAACAAGCAAGAUGAAUCUUCAAUCAAGUUUGGGCUGGAAGACGGAGAUUAUGGUAUAACACCAAAGAGCUUCCCUGUUUGUGAUGAUCGACACUCAGAGUUAAUUCCCUGCCUAGACAGGCAUCUUAUAUACCAAAUGAGACUGAAGCUGGAUCUGUCUUUGAUGGAGCACUAUGAAAGGCACUGCCCUAUCCCUGAAAGACGGUAUAAUUGCUUGAUUCCACCCCCAUCAGGGUAUAAGGUCCCCAUCAAGUGGCCAAAGAGUAGGGAUGAAGUGUGGAAAGCAAACAUACCUCAUACUCACCUUGCACACGAGAAGUCUGACCAGAAUUGGAUGGUUGAAAGAGGUGAAAAGAUAAUAUUUCCAGGGGGAGGCACUCAUUUCCAUUAUGGAGCUGAUAAGUACAUUGCAUCACUUGCUAAUAUGCUCAACUUCACAAAUAGUAAUUUGAAUAAUGAGGGAAGAUUGCGAACAGUUCUUGAUGUUGGUUGCGGGGUUGCAAGUUUUGGAGCUUAUCUUCUUUCAUCCAAUAUAAUUGCAAUGUCCUUAGCGCCUAAUGAUGUCCACCAGAAUCAGAUCCAAUUUGCCCUAGAGAGAGGAAUUCCAGCAUAUCUUGGGGUUCUGGGGACAAAGAGGCUUCCUUACCCAAGCAGGUCUUUUGAACUUGCUCACUGUUCUCGUUGUCGGAUAGAUUGGCUUCAGAGGGAUGGGAUCCUUCUACUUGAGUUAGACAGGUUGCUUAGACCAGGAGGCUAUUUUGCAUACUCAUCUCCUGAAGCAUAUGCACAGGAUGAAGAAGAUCUUAGAAUAUGGAGAGCAAUGAGUGCACUUGUGGAGCGCAUGUGUUGGAAAAUUGCUGCAAAAAUGAACCAAACUGUUAUUUGGGUCAAACCUCUAACAAACGAUUGUUACAUGGAAAGGGAGCCUGGUACUCAACCUCCUCUCUGCCGGUCUGAUGAUAAUCCAGAUGCAGUGUGGGGUGUGCCAAUGGAAGCUUGCAUCACUCGUUACUCUGAUCAUGACCACAGAACAAGAGGAAGUGGACUGGCGCCUUGGCCGACUCGAUCAACUGCUCCUCCUCCCCGUCUUGCUGAUUUUGGCUAUUCAAACGAAAUGUUUGAAAAGGACACGGAACUUUGGCGGAGGAGGGUUGAGAAUUACUGGAAUCUCCUGAGUCCAAAAAUUCAACUAGAUACUCUGAGGAAUUUGAUGGACAUGAAGGCGAAUUUGGGGUCAUUUGGAGCUGCACUGAGGGAAAAGGACGUUUGGGUGAUGAAUGUUGUCCCUGAAGAUGGACCCAACACUCUCAAGUUGAUUUACGAUAGAGGCCUGAUUGGCACUGUUCACAAUUGGUAUGCAAAGUCAACUUGUUGAGAAGUGUAUCAUGCUUGUUAUGGAUCUUUACAUAAUUUUUUGUCCCCAAACUCUGGUAUCUGGUGUUCGUACAAUAGCUUCUUUUUGUUGUUUGCAUCCCAGGUAGGACUUUUAAGGUCGAUUGGGUAAGGCUAGGUGCACCCAGGCCUAAGCCGAGCUCGUGCCAAUCCCAGACCAACCCAACCUCAAAUUGAGGUUUCUCUGACUGAGCUCAACCAUUUUUUGUUUGGGUUUCUCAGAAUACCUAGUUUCCGUGAAUUUCAAUUUAAAUGAUGUGUAAAGUGGGCCACUGCACAAUCUAACCCACUGCUGGAGGCCCAUUACUUGGCUUGGAAAAUGUUUAUAUAGAGAGGAGAGAAUAGAAAGCUUUAUUUUGUACAUGCUUCGGGACUAACCAACAAUAAACUUGGUGUUCGCACUAUCCCACAUGAAGUUUCUGUGUACUUUAUGCCUACAUGUCUUAAAUAUAUUGGGUCCCGGGCUUUGGUUGCUCAAGCCCUUGGGUUUGCUGCCUAUGUCUGCAGCCCAAAAGCCAACCCAAAUCAAAUUUGCUGGAGGAUUGUAAUCCAGGGACUUGCAUGAGUUUAAAGAAAAUCUGGCUAAGCCUCUGUACAGAUUCUGGGCUGGGUUUGGAUUGUUUGAGUUAGGCCUACCUUGCAGAACUAAUCCUAGGGAUGGAGGGAGCUGCAUAUUGCUCGUGCCUGUGAUGUGUUUUGUAUGUUGAAAGUAUUUCUUCAGGUAAUGAGAAACUGAUAAACCUACCCAAAGAAUGCCAAGUGGUGGUUAAUGAUGCAUUUUUCUUAUGCCUUACUAAUCUUGUGAUAAUUGUUUCUACUUAGUAGAACCUAUUUGACAUUCAUUAAGUGGCCAAUGAUUUUUUGCUGUUGUCAACAGCUUUUCUGAUCACCUAACCUGUAGGGUGGAGCAUUUUUGUUUCACUGGAACUCGGUUUUGAAGUCCAAAUGUAGUUGCAUUUUAUUAUGAUUCACUUGGUGAUUCACACAGGUGUGAAGCCUAUUCAACAUACCCCAGGACAUAUGAUCUACUCCAUGCCUGGACCGUAUUUUCUGAUAUUGAGAAGAAAGGCUGCAGUGCAGAGGAUCUACUGAUAGAGAUGGAUCGCAUGCUCAGGCCUACUGGUUUUGU